AUGACACUUUCCAUGGAGCCCGUGCCGCCUCCGUCGCACAGCUCGGCCGGCAUGGCGCACGCGCGCGUGGUGCGCGAGGACAGCAUGGACCGCCUUCACCAGCUCGCGUCGCACCGCCCCGUGCUGCACCGGCGCCACUCGCACAACCACUCGCGCCAGUCGCCCAAGUCGCUGCUGCAAUCCAAGCCCGCGACCGCCGCGCACCGCCUCGUCUUCAUGCGAAACUACAAGCAAGGCUCGCCUUCGCAAACUCUGUCGCAUGGCAGUCCCACGGCCGUCGCUUCACGUGGCGACAGCAGCAGCGUCGGCAUCGGCACGCCUCAGCCGUCGCAUCACAGCCGGUCCACGGACAAGCCUCCGCAGGCGUCGACUCAGAGCGCGGAGCCCACGCCGCUGAAGGAGAUCCGCCGGCAGCACAGCUGGCCGCUGCCGCCACAGCCGUCCUCGUCAGAGGCGGCGGCGCCAGCGACGACGGCGACGACGGCGACGCCGGCUGCGACGGUGACGACAGGACAGCGAGCGGCACCAACGUCGUCGGUGCUGCGGCAGCCCGCGUGCUCGAUGGUGGAGUGCAGCGCGCGAGGGGGGUGGAGAGCGCGGCGGGAGGAGGAGGAGGAGGAGGAGGUGUCGUCGUGGGCGUCGUCCGUAGAGGAGAAGCCGCUGACGGCGGCCGCCGUGCACGUGGGCGACAAUCGCAAGUACGACAUCGUCGCCGUCGGGUUCUGGCUGGCGGCGCUGCAGCAGGGGUGCCCGCUGGUGAAGCUGAGUCGGCGCAGGCCCGGGCGAACGAAGCAGCGCAACUACUUCGUCUACGUGGAGCGCACCGGCGCGAUUCGUUUGCAGUGGGACAAGCCUCGCCUGUUCUCCAUGGGCUCGUCCGCACCAGUGCAUCUGUACGGCACGGAGGCGACGGACACAUUCGCGAUGGAGUUCCGCAUGUACACGUCGGAGGGGCAGAUCAUGAUGCGCGCGCACACGGACGACUGGUUCCAGAUCUGGAUCAAGGGCAUGCGCUCCAUCAUCGAAUACGCUAAAGUUCUCUCCUGGACUCUUCAGAUCUAG